AUGCACCGCUCAGACCCAGAAACCACAGCCCCAAAGGAGCAAGUGGCGGAGAAGAUCGGAAGUGGAAGCCAAGAGAAAGCCAGCUUCCCAGGCUUUUGGCCGCGACCAUUCUUCAAGCGAUGGAGGCAGCGCCGGCACUAUUAUAAUGCUGACAAGCCGUCCGGGGAAGAUGUCGGACCGUCCGGGGAAGAUGUCGGACCCUCCGGGGAAGAUGUCGGAUUGGCGUUUGUGGUUAUUUUCAUCGAGGUUUCCGACGGACCGGAUGCCUCGAACUUCCUGGACGAACCGGAAGAGAACGAGACCUUCGUCGCCGCUGUCGCAGCGUUGUUUGGUCCGAACUUGACGGAUUGUUGGGUGGAGUUUCGUGGCUAUAACAUGUCUGCUUUCGAUGACACGGAGUUCAGCGGUGAUGUGGCGCUGAAGCUUGCCCAGAUCAAGCAGGCAAGCAACGUGAAAGCUCCGACUUUCGAGGGCGACUUGCUUUUCGCAGAAAUCGAGUGCAAGCACCCGCUUUCCACAGGCGAGGCAUGGUUGGAGGGGAUUGAAAGCAAUCUGUCUCCUUUGGCAGCAAACUUCCGAGCCCUCGUGGCAGGCUUGGGCGUGACGGGGGUCGAAGAUGCCGGGAUCGUCUACGUUGAUUUUGAUGAAGAACUCGACGAAGAAGAUGAAGAAGAGGGGUAA